AUGCGGGUCGUUUGCUUGUUGGUUUGCACAGCCAUAUCGUCAGUGCUCUGUGGAUAUUACGCGACAUGCCCCGGGCAAAACGAGGAGAUGGGAUGUGCGGGUUGUGAACCGAGCUGCGAGAAGCCCAAUCCGAGCUGCUACCGUAUGACGGCCUGCCAGACGGCGAAGUGCGUCUGUAUUUCGGGGAGUGUCCGAAGGAAUGAUGGACAAUGCGUGGCCCCGAAUCGCUGCAGUAACCCAUACCCUCAACCAACGCCGCCACCACCGCCAACCCCAAAAAUCAGCACCAAGAAAAUUAGUACGGUGACGUCCACGACCACGGCAGCGACGGAAAAAUCGACAUCUACGGCUAUGGCUGCUACAACCACGUCGACCGCCGCUCCGGAAAGCACGUCCCAGCAAGCAGAUACGGAGAUGACGUCUAACAAACAUCUAACUACGGAGACCACCACCGAGGAAUCCAAGACGACAGUCAAUUCUGAGGAGACUACGACGACAAAUGAUGGCGAGUGUGAAUCCGAGACGACAACGGCUGCUAGUGGAGGUGAUCCAGAAACGACCGCGACCGAUUCGACCGUUUUCCAGACAACCGAAGAGAGCUGCGCUCCCGUGGAGACUACGAGUUCAACAUCGACAUCAUCUACAGAUGCCGAUACUACGAUAACAGAAGAAGAAGACUGCUCCACCGAAUAUACGGUUCCUAACACCACGCCAGAAAUAUCAUCUACCGAUUCCGUGACUACGGUAACGGACGAAGAAGACUGUACCACCGCCUAUACGAUAAUUAGCACCACAUCCGGGACCCCAUCUACAGAUGCCGAUACUACGGUAACAGAAGAAGAAGACUGUACCACCGAGUAUACGACAAUUGAGACCACGCCAGAAGUAUCCUCAACUGCUUCUGAUACUACGGUAACAGACGAAGCAGAAGAUUGUACAACCGAAUAUAUGACCACAACAGAGAUAUCAUCCACUGCUUCUGAGGCUACGGUAACGGAUGAAGAUUGCACCACCGAGUAUACGGAAAGCCCAACUACCACUAAAAACCACGAAACCGAGGAAACAAGCCCAGAAUCGACGACAACAGAUGAAGACUGCACGACUGAGUAUACUACGGCGACACCCGGAACCCUAUCAACCAGUUCUUCUGAUACUACUGUAGCCGAGGAAGAGGACUGUACGACAGAAUAUACGGCUUCAACAGCAAUAUCAUCUACUGAUUCGAGCUCUACGUUAGAGGCGGACUGCACCACUGACUACACGGAAUCUUCUACUCCUAUUAACGCAGAUACUGAGUCCACUAUAAAUAGUUCACCCCCGGUAUCCACUACCAUUACUGGCGCCACCACCCAAAACAUGGAUAGUACAAGUGAGGACUGUACCACCGAAUAUAAGGAAACUACAACUUCUGCUGAUACAGCAAGUACUACCUCAGAAACAUCAACUGGUUCUGAGACUACGCUAGAGGAGGAUUGCACCACUGACUACAUGGAAAUAACAACUACGGGUGCUGAAACCCAGACAACGGUAGCCGUAGAAUCGUCCACGGAAAGUGGCUACAGCACGCAAACUGAAACGCUCGAGACAACAACAGAAGAGGACUGUACCACCGAAUAUCCGGAAAUGACAACUUCACCUGAUGCGGUCACUAAUACAGAGCCCUCAACGACAUUGGCGGCUGAGACUACCGAAGCGGAAGAUUGUACGACUGAAUAUCCGUCUACCGUCACCGAGACAACAGUGAGGUCAACGAUCCCAAGCACCACCGAGGAGGACCUGAGCGAUUGCGUGGAGUCCUCAACUGUCCGAUCCGAGAUACAAAAUGCCGCGAUCGAACCCAAAGCCGAAGAGUUAAAAAUGAAUCUCCCCAGCGAAUUCAUCUUCCGCCCACAAACUUUCAACGCCUUCAAUCGAGCCGCGGAUGCUAGUUUUAACGCAAAUCCCGGACCGCAAACC